UGCGUCAAAGAAACCGCAUAUUAUAUCAACACAAACAUUCGCCUGCGAGCAAGGAGGUGCUCUCGAUUUCAUUCCAUUUCUGAUAACAAAUUAGCCGUGUAUGGCCGGAACGGGACACAGGAUGAAGGUACUAUCGCUCUACAAACAGCUGCUCCGUGCGUCACAAAAGUUUGAUUCGUACAACUAUCGUAUGUACGCACUGCGGCGGAUCCGUGAUGCAUUUAGAGAAAACAAAGCAUUAACCGAUAGUGCCACCAUCGCUAGUGAGCUAACGUACGCACAGAAAAAUCUCGACAUCAUCAAACGACAGACCGUAAUUGGACAAUUGUAUGGAGCACCGGAUAAGCUAGUGAUAGAGAAGUAAACUCCAUCAUCAUUUACUAAGUUCGUACCGGAACGCUCUAGUGCCAGCG